GUUGGCUACCAGAUCCGCUUUGAGAGCACGCGUUCGGCGGCGACCAAGAUCGUGUUCCUGACCGUGGGGCUGCUCCUGAGGCAAAUCCAGCGGGAGCCCAGCCUGCCCCAGUACCAGGUCCUGAUCGUGGAUGAAGUCCACGAGCGCCACCUCCACAACGACUUCCUCCUGGGCGUCCUCCGGCGCCUGCUGCCCAAGCGGCCUGACCUCAAGGUCAUCCUCAUGUCGGCCACCAUCAACAUCUCGCUCUUCUCCAGCUACUUCGGCAGCGCCCCUGUGGUGCAGGUGCCCGGCAGGCUCUUUCCCAUCACGGUUGUGUACCAGCCGAUUGAGGCCGAGCCGUCAGUGUCCAAGUCGGAGAAGCUGGACCCGCGGCCCUUCCUGAGGGUCCUGGAGGCCAUCGACAGCAAGUACCCACCCGAGGAGCGGGGCGACCUCCUGGUCUUCCUCAGCGGCAUGGCGGAGAUCAGCGCUGUGCUGGAGGCCGCCCAGACCUACGCCAGCCACACCCAGCGCUGGGUGGUGCUGCCGCUGCACAGCGCCCUCUCUGUGGCCGACCAGGACAAGGUAUUUGACGUGGCCCCCCCUGGAGUCCGGAAAUGCAUCCUCUCCACCAACAUCGCUGAGACCUCAGUCACCAUCGACGGGAUCCGCUUUGUAGUCGAUUCCGGUAAGGGCUGCCCCAGCGACCCAGGGGCGGAAGGGGAGUGAG